AUGACCGACCACAAGAAACGAUUCGAAGCUGGCGUGGCUGCUUUCAAAAAGGGAGAUUAUAAGGAUGCAGUAGAUCACUUCUCUGCGGUCAUUGAUGCACAAACCCCAGGACAUAUGGCACUCGAAUCGCGUGCUGCAUGUUAUCAGGAAAUGGGAAGGUACAAAGAGGCGCUUCUGGAUGCCAAACGCAUCAUUCAAUUAUUUCCCGACAAACACAACGGAUAUUCCCGGUCCUCUCGAAUUCUCACUAUAAUGGGACAUUACGAUCGCGCUGUGAGCCUUGCGCGAACAGCCCUUCAAAAGGCAAACACGCGUGACCCAAAGAGCUCGGCCAAAGUCCAACAAGUGCUCGACGCAGCAAUAGAAGCGCAACAGGCUAAUCUCGAAAAGCUUCGGUUGAGCGAAUGCCACGUCAACAAGCUGCCUUUCGAGCUCCUCGCCUGCGUCUUCGACGAGCUUGUUCUCCCAGGGGAUAUGCAUCCAAUGCGACUUGCUCACGUCUGCCGAAUGUGGAGAGGAGUCCUCAUGAGCAUGUCUCAUAUCUGGUCAAAGCUCGUACUGGAUGGCAAGGGGAAGCGCUUCAAAUCCAAAGUCGACUUUUGGAUGGAGCGGUCGAAGGGACGCAUUCAAGACCUCCAUAUCCGGCACCUUCCCUCGUUUUUAGUUUGGCUAGAAGCCUAUGGAAACAAUAGCCUCCCAUUUGUCGAUCAUGUUACGGUCAAUUUUGGCAGCGACGUCGUCAACCUGAAGCCUAUAUUUCGUUUCGAUGCCAAUCCUCUUUCCCUCACCUGGACAGGAAGCUCUCAUGACAGAGGUGUGCCACGAAGGCUACUUUUCACACCCCUACAAAGCCAUCCCUACCGCCUGCGAGAGCUGGAACUUGAUAACAUCAAACUGUUGUGGCAGAUAGAGGCUCCGCAACUCGAGGAUCUCACCAAACUUGUCAUUAUGAACACUCGCAUCGACGUCGAGGAAUUAAUACCUAUCCUUGAAAAAUCUCGAAGAAUACAAACACUUCAUGUUUCACCAGACUUGCGAGGAAGCAGCACCAACCUCCCAAAGGAACGUAUCCUCUUGCCAAAUCUAGCAUCGCUGGGACUUUCAAGAAGUUGUUUGCUCCUCACCUACAUCGAGGUGCCAGAGCUACGAAAUCUCAAUCUCCAAUUCAUUUCCCUAAAACACGCUUUCGAGCUUUUGAGCCCUGUGCAACCGCCUCUCACGACGUUGGCGGCCCAGGAAUGCGCCGACGCAUACCAAGCUCAGCUUCCCCUCGUGGACAGCCUCACUUCUCUCUCCCUUUCCAGCAUGUCCAUGCCUUACGACCAGAUCGUCGGCCGUUUGGCUGCCGGUGAAUGUCCUCUUCUCACUGAGCUCAGCCUCUCGCGAGUGGAUAUUAGUACAGGAGCGCUUGUAAGACUCAUCAAGGCCCGAAAUCCCCCACAAGAACCCACGAACGCGCAGGAUAAGUCGGUUACGGAGGAUACGAAGGAGGCAGCGAAAGAGACAGAAAACAAGACAGGGAACGAAGUCAAGUUCGCAAGGCUCGGAGUUCUCAAUUUGGAUAGAUGUCCCAAUAUUGACUCAGAAAUGCUCCCAUGGAUGCGUUCGAGGGUCAAGAAAGUAAUUUGCAAGUUUGAAGUCAAGAAAAAGAGUCGGGGAGCCACCGCCCAGGGAUAUAUGGUGUAA